AGAAUUUUCGAAAUGUGUGUGUUAUGUAUAUCUAACGUUGCGAAUUAAAGGGUUAAAUCAAAUCAAUUCUAUAAAUUAUAUUUAGUAAAUUCGUUUGUCUAGGAUGAGUUUAUAGGUUAUGUCAUAGUAUUGAUUUUUGCUGUUGUUGUUCUCGAAACAUUUAGGUAGGUACGCCUAGGUACGCACGCCUACAGCGCCCACGAUCACAAAAUGGAAGCAUUUUAGAUAUAUUCUGAGCAUAUUCCAUAAAAUCAAAAGCAGUUAGUAGGUUCCCCUGCACCAUGGACUCCGCUGGGAACUGGUGCCUGAUCGAGAGUGAUCCAGGUGUCUUCACCCAGCUCAUACGGAAAUUUGGUGCAAAAGGUGUCCAAGUUGAAGAAUUAUGGUCAAUUGAUGAUAGCAUGUUUGAAAACUUAAGGCCUGUGCAUGGUCUCAUAUUCUUAUUCAAAUAUUUACGUCACGAGGAGCCUUCGGGCACCGUGGUUACAGACAACAGAUUGGAGAAAAUAUACUUCGCUAAACAGGUGAUAAACAACGCCUGUGCUACCCAAGCUGUGAUCAGUUUGCUGCUGAACUGCACCCACCCAGAUGUGGACUUGGGGCCCGAGCUCACCAAGCUGAAGGAGUUCAGCAUGUCCUUUGACCCCAAGAUGCGGGGCCUCACAUUGAGCAACUCGCAGACCAUAAGGAGCGCACACAAUUCUAUGUCGCAACAGGUCAUUUUUGAAAUGGACCCUAAGAUGGCUACUAAGGAGGAAGAUGCGUACCAUUUCAUUGGCUACAUGCCCAUAGACGGUCGCCUGUACGAAUUGGACGGCCUCCGUGAAGGGCCAAUAGACCACGGGCCCAUUGCCCCAGAUCAGGACUGGCUCGAUGUGGUCAGACCUAUCAUCAUGAAGCGGAUCAGUGUGUACACAGAAGGCGAAAUGCAUUUCAAUCUGAUGGCGCUGGUGUCCGACAGAAAGAUGAUAUACGAGCGACAGUUGGAGGAGCUGCUGAACGAGACGCAAAUGCUCGGGGGAAUGGAGACGGACGAGCUGGAGAACGAAAUACCCAGGCUGAGGAUGCUGAUUGAGCAGGAAGACGUCAAAAUGGCCAGGUACCAGCAAGAGAUGGCCCGCCGGAGGCACAACUACCUGCCUUUCAUCAUUGUGCUGCUGAAAAUCUUAGCUGAAGAAAAGAAACUGGUGCCGCUGUACGAGAAGGCUAAGGAGCGCGCUUCGAAGAAGGGCACGAAGAAAAUGAAAGUAUAACAGGAAAGUUGGGGGGGCCUGAGGGUGGAGCACGCGCGCAGCUCGCGCCGUGCCCCUCAGGCUGGCCCCUCCCCCCUUCUGGAAUCACACGAACAAAGGCAGUACCCAAUUGGACAUUUAAACGCUUUCCGUGAUCCAAAUGAACUUCAACAACAGUUACAGGACAUUGAUAGGGAAUUCAGGGAGACACAGCUCACGAUCGACGAUGACAUCACUCAGGAUAGGACCCCGAUUAAUUUGGACGACCUGGGUCAGGACCACCAUGAUGAGUUGGACAUUUUGGUUGACGAUGUUGACCCGGAUAUACUGUUGGGACGCGACGAUAUGGAUAUUCACGACAUGAUCGAACCGACAAUGAAAAUGGAUUCUAAUGAUAUGAAUGAUGAUUUUAAUUGUGAAUAAAUUAACUUAUAUAUGUGUUUACGUACAAUUGUAUGUGUAAACUUGAUUUGUGAUUAAAUUUUUCAUGGCUAAUCUAACAGUGUAUUACAAUAAAUAUGUGCGUGUAACUCGGUAGUAUUUCUGAACUGUGUAUUUACUAACUGUGUAAAAAUCGUAACUAACCUGACAUUUUACAGUCAAUAACGUUAUUGAUAACGGUACUGUCAUUUUGAUCUUUAUAAUGUUGAAGUCUUCAACACGAAUUACUAGCGUAAUGCUAUUUACUAUGGGAUAGUAUUUUGACUGCAUUUGGCAAAUUUACUGUACACACACACAUAGUCCCGUUUAUAUCCAUUGCGGGGUAGACAGAGUGGAACAGUCUCGAAAAGACUGAAAGACCACGUUUAGCCUUAUGGUUUUAUGAUUGAAUUGAAUUUUCUAUAAAUUUGAUUAAACAGGUAUGUGUGGUGAGUGUAAAUGAAAAUAUUAGAAGUGAAGGACUUAUCUGGGAAAAAGGCGUGAUGUAUGUAUGUACUGUAAAUGAGAUUAUUUCUUUUAUGAUAUAGCGUUUAUUGAUGAAUCUCGUGUUAUUUUGUUCUUCAUUAUCUCUGCAUAUUCCUGUAAUAUUUUUUGCAAAAGCCAUGCCUUCUUUUUGUAUUCAAUAACUAACUCUUGUCUCUAAAGGGCCGUUGUAGAACACUGUAAAAUUCAUAUAUUAUUGGUUUUUCUCAGCUCGUCCAUCAGAAAAAAACCAUGUUAGUAGGUAUAUCGUUAUCAAACAUCAGCUACUGUGGAUUAAAGGAUUAGGCUUGGAAGGUAAAUAAUAUCACUGGAUUCUGGAGAUUGUGAGGUACAAAAUGAGUUUCAUCAAUAAACAAUGUCUCCUUUUGCAGUAAUGUAGUGCAGUUAAAACAGUUUGUCUGAAUGCGGUCUUAAAAAAAAUAUUAUGUCUAGUAGUGACCAAAAUGUGUAGAAGUUAAAUAUGUAGAUGAUUUCUAAGAUCGCCGUCUAUUUAAUCGUAAAAUUAGGAGCAUAUUCUAACCAAUAUAAUGUCUAAUGAGCUAUCAUAGUCUGUAGUAAGUGUGAAACACUAUAAAACUAAUUUCGCGAUUUUAACUAGUUAGAUGAUUGUAUUACAUGUAAUUCAUAGUACAUAUUUGUAAUAAGUAUUCUUAUAAAGUAAGUAUGUACUCAUAUUGAAAUUGUUUCAAAAUUUUGACCCUUCUACUGACCAACAGAUUAUAAAAAAUGCUUUUGCUCGCAAUUUCGUCCGCGUAUUAAACAAUAAAGAAGACACAAUAUACUGUGUGAUUUUAGACUAAAUUGAUGGUGUAUUAUUAUUUUAAAAGAAUAAUUGUACUUUUAUUGAAUUUGUUUACCGUUAGUCAUUUACUGUCAUCAGUGUCAUGACUGUCACUGUGUACAUGUAGUCAAUGUAAUGUAGCCUGCAAAUAAACAUAACCACCUAUCAAGUUUCUCUGUUGGUGACUGUACAUUAGACACUCGCAUUUUUAGCCCCUAAUGGUAAGUUUUUUCUUUGCUAUACUUUACCAUACUCGUAAUAUAAAUAAAAUCAAGAUGGCGGCGUAUUACGGUGCUAGUCACCAGUAACGGCGCCCCAAUAUCUUAACUACGGUAAGAAUCAUGUUUACUUAGUAAUCCACGUGCUUAUGUAUAAUUAAUAUUACUGUAUUCUCGAUGUAAUAGUUAUAUGUCGUCUGUAACGUAAUAGAAUAAGAAAAUAUGUAUUAUAAUUGUGCAUUGGCGUAGCUAGGGAUGUGCAGAGAGGGGGUCAUCGGGCUUCUGGUAAAUUAAAAUGGAUAUCUGGUAAUAUUUUUUAGGCCCACCUCUAUAUAGAUAGACAUCUAGCUACGUCAUUACGUUGUGGUAACUUCUUACAAAACUGUCAUUUUUAUAUUAACCCUUUUCUGCCUAUCAUUAUAGUUAUAACCGAAAAUAUUCAUUCGAAAUUAUUGAGUUAUUUCGGUAAGCUUUACUUCUAUUUGUAUUAUAUAACAAAAAGUCGGUUUCUUCAUGUCACUCAGUCAAAAUUAUGGGUCUAGAAUAAGACGUAGGUACCUAUACCUAGGUACUCCAGAUUAUGUGAUCUUUUGACUUGAAAAACACGUUGUGUUAUUGUCCAUACAAGACUUGUAAUUAUGGAUUAACUGAAAUUAUGGACUUGAUUGAGAGUAAGUUUUCAAAUGGUAAAUUGUAUAAUUAACAGAUAUUGACUUGAUUGAGAUAAUUUUUUUGUUCUUUUGAAAUAUUACAAAUGUAACUAUUGAAAUAUGAUUGUAAACGUGUCUAAAUUUCACUUUACUUCAUCUGUCGGUCUUCUGUAUUUUUUCAUGAAUAAAUACGGUUCUAAACUAA